GGCGCGCACGGGCGCGGGCACGGGCGGGGGCUGCGCGCUCUGCCCCGCGCACGGUCGCGCCCCGCUCGGCUCCAUUCCCGUCCCCUCCCCGCCGCCGGGAUCGUUAUCCCGCCCCAACGCUGGCCGCCGGGAUGAAGACGGAAGAGGCUCCGUCCUGCCUGCAGCAGGCGACGCCGGUCCUGGGCUUCGGUCCCGACUCCAAGAUGCGGGAGGUGUGCGCGGGAUGCGAGACCCCCAUCUCCGACCGCUUCCUGCUCCGUGUCAACGAGCGCUCGUGGCACGAGGCCUGUGUGAAAUGCGCCGUGUGCCUGCAGCCCCUGGCCGGGACCUGCUACAGCCGCAACCGGCAGCUCUACUGCAAGCACGACUACGAGAAGCUCUUCCAGACCAAGUGCAGCAGCUGCUUGAAGGCGAUCGCCCCCUCCGAGCUCAUCAUGAGGGUGCUGGAGAACGUCUACCACGUGCACUGCUUCUACUGCUGCGAGUGCGAGCGGCGCCUGCAGCGCGGCGACGAGUUCGUGCUCAAGGAAGGGCAGCUCCUGUGCCGCAGCGACUACGAGAAGGAGAAGGAGAUGCUGAGCGCCAUCAGCCCUGCGCCCACCGAGUCCGUGAAGAGCGAGGACGAAGACGGCGGCCACUCGCACGGCAAAGGCAGCGAGGAGAGCAAGGACCACAAGCGCUCCAAGCGCCCGCGCACCAUCCUCACCACGCAGCAGCGCCGAGCCUUCAAGGCCUCCUUCGAGGUUUCCUCGAAGCCCUGCAGAAAGGUACGAGAGACCCUGGCAGCCGAGACGGGCUUGACCGUGCGCGUGGUGCAGGUCUGGUUCCAGAACCAAAGAGCCAAGAUGAAGAAGAUUGCCCGCAGGCAGCAGCAGCAGCAGCAGCAGCAGCAGCAGGAGCAGGAGCAGUUGGGCAACCCUCGCCUGGGCGCCGGCAGAGGCACCGGUCGCAAUAGCAGGCAGAGCAACGACGACAGCGAAGACAGCGCCAGCGUUCCCGGCUUGGAUGGGCUCCUGGUUCCCUACCCCAGGAUCCCCCAGCAGCAGCUCCUGCCCCUGGACCAGAACGGCUACAGCACAGACCUGUACAGACAAGGGCUCACCCCUCCCCAGCUGCCAGGAGACCACCUGCACCCCUACGACUCGGAAGGGGUCUUUCACGACAUGGACAGCGACAGCAUCAGCCACCUGGGGGACUGCCUGCUCGCCACGCCUGAAGCCAACCUCCUCCAAGCCCGCGUGGGCAACCCCAUCGACCGCCUCUACUCCAUGCAGAGCUCCUACUUCACAUCCUGACCGUGGAGAAGCCGCCAGCCCUUCGCUGAGGAUCCCCAGUGGAUGCUGCUCCCUCGUCAGAGCGAGCCUGGGGGAGAAGAACCAAGGCUGAGACCUUCGGAGACCUUCCU